AUGAAUGUAACUAGUAGUAGUAAUGAAAUGAAUACUAGUAGUAAUAAGAAUUUUCAGUUAGAGCGCGCACUGAGUGCUAUAUUGGACGAACAAGAAACUAUAAGCCAGGAAACUGAGGAAAGUAGUUUAGUAAUAAAGCAGUUGGAAACGAAAAAAAUUGAUAUUGAGAAUGAAAUUGCACAACUAAAAGGCGAAAUUGGUGAGUUGGGCACUGCAAUACGUGCACAAACUUGCACUGUCGAUGAACGUAAUAACUUAUUAGAAAAAUUAGAGCAAUGUAAACAUGUUCUGAAGACUAAGGAUCGUGAGAUGAAUGAACUUGAAAAUUACAAUCAUCAACAACAAGUUUUGCAUAUAGGUGCGAAGGCACAGUUAACGAAAAAGAUUGAGUCUAUCAACUCGCAAAUACGUGAGCUAUCCUAUUCACAAAUAGGAUCAGAUAUUGAAUCAUAUGAAAUACCCGUAAAUCCAGACAGUGAAGAUUUGAAAAAUGCUAUACCAAUCCUGAAAACAAUACGUGAGCAGUUAAGACAGAAGAGUGAUGAAAACGAGAAAGCACUGAAGCAAUAUGAAGAUAAAAUAUUGCAAAUUAGUAAUGAAAUCGAUGAAGUGCUCUUACCCAAAAGCAGAUCCAUAAGCCAUACACUUACGACCGCACAGAAAACUUUAGCGAGUGUUGAAGAACAAACGGAGAAUAUGCGUAAAGCAUACGAAAGCAAAGCAGAUAUUUUGCUUGCAAAUAUAAAGGAGUUGGAUGAUUUUAUUUUGACUUAUGAGAAAAUUGUAAUCGAGAAGAAGGAAGAAGUGCAACAACUGAAAGAACAAAACGAAAAGUUUAUGUCUGAAGUAGAGGAGAAGUACCACGCAUUGGCCGAUGCGCGCGAAGACUACCUAACCAAAUAUGACCAGACUUUGAAUGUAGCCAAAGAAAAGCUGGUGGAAGUGAGAACAGUUGUUGACGAGACGGAUCAAGUUUUGGCCAAUUUAAAAUUGAAUACAAAUUAAGCGUAAACAGUUUUUAUUAGUUUUUAAUCUUUAAAUGCAUUUUA